AUGGCGUAUUCUCUUCUCUCCACCAUCGCCACUUUUCACACAACCAAGAUAAUCGUCACAAAUCCCACUAAAUUCUCCUUCAUCGGAUCUAUUCCUGAAACCAUGUUUGCCUGUGUGUCUGCAACAAGAAAUGUCUUGCAACAAUACAGGAAGAUUCCUUCCUCGGGUCCAAGGGAGCUUACACCAGCCAUGGUUCGCUCCAUUGAAAAGGCUGACAAGCCAGCGAAGAGGGGAAAGAAAGUUGACACUCAGAAGGAGACGCAGGUUACUAAACCAACCAAUGGGCAAACCCCUAAGAAGCGGAAGUCAGAUAAAGUUGCACCAUCACAACCACAACCGAAGAAGCAGAGAAAGCCCGCAAGGAGACUCAUACUCCAAUCUUCAAGUGAUUCAGACUCAGAGUAUGUUCCUUCCAAAAAUAAAUCUGCUCCUCCUUCAGAAUCUGAGAGCGAAAGCUCUGAUGAUGAGGCUUCGGGUUGUGGUGAUACCCCGCCUCGCUCCCCUACCCCAGAAAUUCUAGUUCGCUCCCAACCUCCAUCUCCUCCACCUGUUACUAUCCCAGUAUCCCUCCCUACAAUAUUUCAUAUCCCCACCUCUCAACCAUCCACCACUAUUCCCAUCCCUACUCCAAUAUUCACAGACACUACCACCACUACUACUACUACAGGGGCUCAUUCUACAGCUCCCACUCCACCCGUUACAACCGAACCGCCAGUAACAACCGAACCUGCAUCCACUACCAAACCCUAA